CGCCGGUGUGAUAAAUCCUGAUAUCCCAGAUGAUAUAGACUUCUUAUGGAAUAUCUGGUAUAACAUGGCGCUGUCAAAAUCUCACUUUGACCGACUGCGGAAAAUCAUGUCAAAAUUGCUGGAGAGUGAUUUCGAAAACCGCGAGAGUAUUUUAAUGUUUCAAAACAACGCGAUUCUCCGAGAAUGUCGCGAUAUUUGGAACGACUGGGUCGAUCUGGAUCUCGAAGUGAACAGCGUUAAAGAGGACAGAAACAGAUUUCUCCGGGAAAGAGGACAAGUAUUAAAGUUCAGUCUCGAUACACAGUGCUAUUUGGUGCUAACGCAAAUGAUAAUGGCGUUUAAUAAUGACGAAAAAGCUUUGUUUUCGCCCACGGCAGCAAAUCCAUUUUACCCGGAAAUAGAGCAUUGGUUCCGUGAAGGCUCCACGAGUGAUGAGACAGAGAAGACAAAUCCAACCUUAAUUCGACCAUUUACUCACAAGUGGAAACUGCACUACAGUUCUUGUGCUUUUGAAAGUUACCUGCCAUUUGAAAGGCAAGAUCUGAAGCGAUGUAAAACACUGACCGCCACUUGUAAGGAAAACUUAUCAUUGAUGGUGAAACGUUUCCAGCAGCAGAAGAACGAAUGUCUAGAAACUUUGAAGGUUACCCUAUGGACUGGCGAUGGCCUAAGCCUGUGCACGAGUGGUCUCCCUCCAGACCUGUUAUUUGACGUCAUCGACACCAGCAAUGUCAGUGAUCAUAUUGGUUUGCUGAAUGUUCUCGUUUGCUGUGCGCCAAAGCUUAAAGAGCCAAACACGUCGCUCUUGCUCACAUCAAGCAUGUUAUGGGGUGAUGGCUGUAAAAAUAUAGAGGAGUAUUACAACAAAUGCGUUGGUGUUCCUGUGCAACUACUCCCAACAGUUCUUGGCUUGAAACUGGGGGUUGAUCUUGAUUUAGGAAGCAACAAACUGCCAGACAGAUUUGAUGCUUCGACAGAGAUACUAUGCUGGGUUAAGGCGGACGACAGAAGGACAAUGGUGACAAUAGAUAGAACCAGUGAUGUUUUACAAGCCCUACUCCGGCUUGCUGAGCGAUGCUUCAAUCUGCUUCAACAGCGGUUUUCUCGGUUGUUGGGCGCUACCUUAUCCUCACCGCUUACCUUCCUUCGAAUUAUCCAUCAGAUUGGACCAAUUUUGAAAGGAGGAGCUACUCAGAUAUUUGAUCUUCUUGAGAGUGAAUUACCAGCUGAUUUCCAAACAAAGUUUGGUCUCUCCUGGAAUUUGUUGAAAGCAUCCAUUGGGAACGAACGAGAGCCCAUAGUUGAAAUCAGAGCAAGCGUUAACAUAUCAAUCCCCUCGUGGUACAAGGGAACUCCCGUGCCUAUGAUUUGCAUAAUGAAACAAAGCGACUAUGUGAAGGAGCGGUUGCUUCGGAUGUUUGGUUCUCCUGAAUCCGUUAAACCAACCUUUUCAGCAAUUUACAAUAGUUUGCGAUAUGACGUCGACGACCGCACCUUAACAUUUCAUCUUCGGGAAAAGGACUGGAGCGAGCUGAAGUCAAAUUCCUGGAUGUGGAUUUCGUCUAAUGACUUAGGCAUAAUUCGUGAAGACGUACGCUUUGGAGAUGAGAUUGUUGAAAGCAUUUCACGGGUCGAUCCGGUAGAGCAGUUUGGCUUGUUAUCAGUGCAAACAUUCACUGUCACUGAAUCCGACCCGUUCAACAUGUACUUUUCAUGUUCUGUCGAUGGGAAGUCCUCCAAGUUCCAGAUUUCACGCAUGCGCGGGAAAAUACUUUGUGACAUUCCCAAAAAAGGAGAUGGAACAGUAGGAGAGCUUGUGCUGCAGAACCCGGCACAAGUCCCUUUCCACGCUUUGGCAGUAUGGGAUGCUAAGCUGCAUGAUAUAAGCGACCCGUUCAACAUGUACUUUUCAUGUCCUGUCGAUGGGAAGUCCUCCAAGUUCCAGAUUUCACGCAUGCGCGGGAAAAUACUUUGUGACAUUCCCAAAAAAGAAGAUGGAACAGUAGGAGAGCUUGUGCUGCAGAACCCGGCACCAGUCCCUUUCCACGCUUUGGCGGUAUGGGAUGCUGAGCUGCAUGAUAUAAGAAUCUGCGGGAGAAUGUUUCGCACCAAGCUCGAUCUGGAGCUGAAAAAACAAAUCAAAAGUGGCUCACCGUUUUUUAACCUUAGAGAUUCCAUUCUCAGUAUUUUAAAACUUUGCAUUGACAAACCCAAGGAACUCAUAAUACAUUACAUUGAUGAGCGUGGAAUCGUCGAAGAACCAUAUCUGGCAGCGGAGAGCUUUACAAGGAAGAAGGGCUUCGUCAUUGUGGUACAACAGUUGUACAAAUGGAAAUAUUUGCCCGUCGCUAAGGUCCUCUUCUGCGAUUGUCAACGUUUUGCUGACAUGUUUCGUAAUAAGUCAGAAAGUACACGAAUGAAGCUAAUGGAAUCUUUCUGGUCGGUAGCCUGGCCUCGUGAUGUCCACGGAAUUACAGCUGAUCAACAGGUGAGCGCGAAGUUCCUAGUCUUUUUGUCUGAAAAGAAAGGGGACUGGGUCAUGUUUGCAGAUGAGCUUUCAUAG